AUGCACCUGUCAAAUACCAACGCUGAUGUCCUUUUCGCAACUAUCAUCCAUUACACUCGCCCUGGAUUGUCCGCCAGCUCUUGCACACCUAGUCCCAAGGGUUGGCCCAUAUCCCCCGUGAUCAAUGUGCAGAUGCUCCAGCCAGCUGUGUCUGCUCCGGUGUCCUAUUUGUCAGGUGCUGCCGUUGUUCCCACCGCCGCCGCCUCCCUUGCUGCUGUGCCUGCUCCCCAUGGUUCAACCACCCUCCUCAUUCCACUGUCAAACCCAUGCCCCCUUUCCCCAUGUGCACACACACAUCUACCAUGGUGCCACCUUGGAGGUCCCAGAGAACAGUACUGCAGGACCAUUUUGGCUGGGCUAGAGCCUCUCUUAUUGGCACAGGAGUCAGCCGUGCUGUCUUCAUUCGUACUGCUUCAGUUGUAUGUCCUGAAAGCGCAUCUGUGA